GUGCCCUCCCCAGGCACAUGUCACAGUAGCUAAGGCCAGCCAAGGGGUGGGUCCCGCUCCUGGGGGGAUGGGCCCAGCAGAGCUCUUGCGAGGAGGUGAUGAGCCCCGAAGUGCCGUACCUGGCGCGACCCGGGCGGCAGCUCUUGCCAGAGCACGCUGUGAGGAAGAGCGAAGGUUUCCCUGCGCGGAGACAGGGCCCUGUCCGGAUGUUUCGGAGUUGCUGCCCCUCUCUCGGGGUGGCCGUACCCCGGUCGUUAGCAAGUACCAGCCUCUGCCCUGCAGACCCGCUGAUAAAUACUCCCAAGGAAACGUUGAUCUUAAGACCGUUGGUUGUCUGUGGGUGGGAGAGGGUUCAAAACUCCCAGCGCUGUUGCCUGAACGUCUCGGGAGAGCUCAGAGCUAGCGCUGGCUCUGAACCCCGGAGAACUUGCCCAAAGCUGCUGUUUGGCAGCUCAGGGCACUUGGGGCAAACCCGGGUGGGCAUAUGGGCUUCCUUUCCUGGGUACGUGGAGUCCUGAAACCCCCAGCUAGCUUGAGAGCAGGCUGGGAUCCCAGCCCGGGCUGGCUUGGGUCAGGGCGGAGUCCUUACAUCUCCUUUUUCUGGGCCUUUCCCAGAUAAGGGGCCAGGUUCCCCGGUGCGACCCCACAGGAGUUAGCAGGGUCGGCCAGGAGGAACGCAGCCUGUAUUCCUCAGCUGGGGCCAGCCCUGCCUUGGGGCCAGGGGGUGAAGGCCCCUUGGUCACCCAGGAGGAAUGUGCUGGGAACAUGGCAUGAGUCACAUGCUGGUAACCAGAGGUCAGAAGUGCCUGGGAGCUGAGAUUUGCUAGGAGAUUGGGGGUGGGGGGAGGAGUGUUUUAAGUUCAUCCAUUCCUGGCCGGCAGGGGAGGAACUCAGACUGGCUGGUUAAUUGUUCCUUCUCUGGGGGGGACCCUUCCUAGAUGGCCUCUUCUGGGGCAGCACCUGACCAAAGGGGCUGGUGCCCUGUCUUGUGGGCAGACGCCGCUCGCGGAGGACGCUCUCUCCCGUUGCUUUCGGAGGCAGGCCAAGACUCCUGCUAGCUGAGCUUCUCGGCUCCUGCGCUGUGGACAGGCCGUGUGCCCCCCGAGGGGAACACAGGGAGCAGGAGAGGCCUUUCCAGCUGCUCCAGGGCCAUGGCUGAGUGGCCGGGGCCCAGGGCCAACCCCGACCAGAUGAUCUGGAGCCCUGGCUCCAGCAUGGCUGCACUCCGGUCCCCCACGGGCUUGGAGGUGAAGCUGGGCUCCCUGGUGACGCUGCUGCUGCUGACCAUCUUGUGCGGCCUGGCUCCACUCUGCGUCUUCCGGCCACACGGGAGCGGAGCCGGUUCGCUGGACACGCGCAGAAAGGUCCUGAGCCUGGUGAGCUGCUUUGCGGGUGGCGUGUUCCUGGCUACCUGCCUCCUCGAUCUGGUCCCCGACUACCUGGCGAGCAUCAACGAAGCGCUGGCUGCCCUGAGAGUCACCCUCCAGUUCCCCCUGCAGGAGUUCAUCCUGGCCAUGGGCUUCUUCCUGGUGCUGGUCAUGGAGCAGAUUGUGCUGGCCUACAAGGACCAGUCUGGCUCCCUGGAGGAGACGCGGGCUCUGCUGGGGGCCUCAGCCCAGGACAGCACCGUCCAGGCCCAGCACUGGCACCCCGCCUGGGGCCCUGCCCAGGAGCGCCCCCACCUGCACCUUGACUUCAAUGCGCACUCGGCCAUCCGCUCCUUCGUCCUGGUCUUCUCGCUCUCGCUGCACUCCGUCUUCGAGGGGCUGGCCGUGGGGCUGCAGGAGGCCAGCGCCAAGGUGCUGGAGAUCUGCCUGGCCCUGCUCGUCCACAAGUGCGUCAUCGCCUUCAGCCUCUCGCUCAAGCUGCUGCAGGGCCGGCUGCGCCCCCGGGCUGUGGUUGGCUGCCUGCUGCUCUUUGCCCUCAUGUCCCCGCUGGGGAUCGGCCUGGGGGUGGCCCUGACGGAGAGCUCGGGCGCCCUGCACCAGCUCUCCCGCAGCGUGCUGGAGGGGCUGGCCACCGGCACCUUCCUCUACAUCACCUUCAUGGAGAUCCUGCCGCACGAGCUCAGCUCCUCCGAGCAGAGGAUCCUCAAGGUCAUCCUGCUCCUCGGCGGCUUCGCCCUGGUCACCAGCAUCCUCUUCAUCAAGAUCUGAGCUGCCCAGGGCCCCCGCUGCCAGGGACAGACCCCCUGCCCCAGGACUGUCGGGGCAGAUACAGCACUGCGGCGGUUCCUGGCUGAUCCAGCUGCCUUCUGACCUCUGUCUGGGGCUUGGGAAUCCCCCCCGCCGCAGCAGCCCCACGGAGAAGCGAUUCCCCAGCCUCGGCCAAGGAGCAGCAUGUCCGCCCUGUCAGCAGGAGUUCUGGCGUUUGUGCCCCUGCCCCCGGCAGCGUGAGAUGGAUCCCAGGACUGGCAGGGCCUGGCCCUGCACUGGUAGGGUGCUGGUCGGUCCCUCUGGGGACCCCCCAUGUGGGGCUGGAAAUGCCCCCUGCCUGCUGCCCAGGACCCUCUGAAUCCAAACCUGCCUGGGGCGCAGGGCAGCUUCCUCCCCCCUGGAAUGGCUCCUCCAGGACCCCAGCCUGGCCACGCCGGGGCAGUGUCAGAGGAUGCUUCAAUAGGAGCCCUGCCCCGUAACCCUGCCGCAAAGCCCUCGGGCGCAUGCUUGGCUGAGCUGGGGCCUGCAGGGGCACCGGGAGGCUGUGGUAGCUUCGCUGCCCCCAGCUCCUCUGGGGGGGCAGUCGCCCAGCUGGCAGCAUUUCCCUCCCCAUCCCUGGGAAGGCUGGGACGGCGUGUUCCUCUAGCCAGAGCCCUCAGCCUGGGAGGGUGCAGAGUCUUCCCUGCUCCUGCUUUGCUCGGGCUGUUCCUGGGCUGGGUGUCGGGUUGGGCCUGUGCCAGAGGAGCCCUGCAGUGCCAAUGCCUCCUUCCGCUCCCCUCCCACUGCAGUUUUCAGCCAAUUGGAGGGGAGCGUGGCCUAGUGGCUAGAGCACUGGCCUGGGACUCAGGAGUCCUGGGGGCUAUUCCUGGCCGUGCUGCUGGGCGAUCUUGGGCAAGUCACUUCACCCUCUGUGCCUCAGUUUCCCCAUCUGUAACUUGGGGACCGUGAUCCCGACCUUGGUAAAGUGCGACGGCUGAGAUGAGGAGCUGGGAGUGAUGAAUUAUUUUUGUAAGGAAUACUGAGUAAAGACUGAAUCUGUGGCCUAUUUUAUAUAGGCCGGGCCAGCGGCCCAGCUCAAGCAGUGAGAGCAGUGAUGCGCUGGUUCACGCCCGCUGGAGGGUACCAGCUCUUGUACCGGUAGUUGGGGGGAUGUCCCCAGCAGGAGGCCUGCUCGUACCGGUAUAAAAGUGCCUUAGAGCCAUCCAGCGUGGUCCCCUUCCCGCACGGAGUCUUCCAAUGGAGCCACUUGUGUUGCCCUGGGCCGGGUCCAGGACCCCAAGGUGCCAGGGGCUGCGUGGAUACCGAACAAAGCUGGGCCUGCCUCAGAGAGCUUUAGCAUCUCAAGUGCUCCAGCUGGUGUGCGCAGACCUGGCGUCCUGGGCUACACGAUCGAAUGGCCUUAACCCCUCCGGCUCGGCAAGGCCACAACACUAUUUUUAUAACCAGCCUCUGGGAGGUGGUAGGAAACCCAGGCCCAGCCCGUUUAUGUACAGAGAGUCUAUUUUACUAACUGCCUGUCUCUCCUUCCCGCCUCGCUGGUGGACACACAGCUCUUUGGUUAAAAUACUGACAGAGAAACUUCUAGAAUUUAAAAAUAAAAUGACUUUAAUCUCU